AUGGCUGUUGCAGCUGGUGUUGGAAAAGUCGCUUUGAUCACCGGAUCCACGUCCUGUGACGGUAUUGGUUAUGCGAUUGCCAAGUCCCUAGCAAAAAAUGGAUUUGAUAUUAUUCUGCAUGGAAGGCGGUCUGAGGUGGACGUUGAACCUCUCAAAGAACAAUUGCAAAGGGAAUUCAAGGUGAAAUGUCAUUAUCUAACUGCCGAUUUACUUCAGCGAUCUGAAAUUGAAAUUCUCUGUCACAAUAAAAUUGCGGCUUUAUAUCCAAAUGGAGUUGAUGUACUUGUUAAUAACGCAGGUCGUAAUGUACGUGCUCCACUAGAAAGUUUUCCAGUUGAUGGGUGGGAUGAAAUAAUCAAAGUGAAUUUAACAGCACCGUUUGACUUCAUACGUCUGACUGUUGGAGCCAUGAAAAAGAAAGGAUGGGGUCGUAUUAUAAAUAUAUCAUCUGUAUACAGUAAAAAAGUGCGAAACACUGAUGUAGCAUAUAUCUGUUCAAAACAUGGUCUUGAUGGGUUGACAAAAACAGUGGCAAAUGAUUGUUUUGGUACUGGUGUAACCUGUAAUUCUAUAUGUCCUGCCUUGGUUAGAACAGCCAUGAUUACAACGAGUAUACAAACAAGAGCUGAGCUAGAUGGAAUGUCCUUUGAAGAAAGUGAAGCAGUAUAUUUAAAAGCAAGAAAUCCAUCUGGUCAGUAUGUCACUGUUGAACAGGUUGCAGAUGUGGCAGCUUUUCUUUGCACACCAGCAGCAGACCAAAUUACUGGUGCAAGUAUACCCUUGGAUGCCGGAAGUUGGUCGCAGUGA